CAGCCCUAGCGCCCGGGAGCCGCCCCCAGUCCCGCCCAGAGGGACCCCACGGCCCCGUCCCCACCGCGGCCACAAGCCUGGGGAGCGCCCCCCCGCCCCCACUCCCCGUCCCAGGCAAGCCCCCAGCCUCUCGCAGCCGCUCUUGCCCUCUCUGGUCCGUGGAGGUGGUUGGUUACCAUGGUGAAGCUGGCGGCCAAGUGCAUCCUGGCAGGGGACUCAGCGGUGGGCAAGACCGCCCUGGCACAGAUCUUCCGCAGCGACGGGGCCCAUUUCCAAAAGAACUACACCUUGACGACAGGGGUAGAUUUGGUGGUGAAGACGGUGCCAGUCCCUGACACGGGGGACAGUGUGGAACUCUUCAUUUUUGACUCUGCCGGCAAGGAGCUGUUUUCUGAGAUGCUGGAUAAAUUGUGGGAGAGUCCCAACGUCUUGUGUCUCGUCUAUGAUGUGACCAACGAGCAGUCCUUUGCCAACUGCGGCAAGUGGCUGGAGAAGGCUCGGUCACAGAUGCCAGGCGCCUCGCUCCCAGGUGUGUUAGUGGGGAACAAGACAGACCUGGCCAGCCGGCGAGCAGUGGAUUCAGCUCAGGCCCGGUCGUGGGCCCUGGGCCAAGGCCUGGAAUGUUUUGAAACAUCCGUGAAGGAGAUGGAGAACUACGAAGCCCCCUUCCACUGCCUGGCCAAGCAGUUCCACCACCUGUACCGGGAGAAGGUGGAGGUUUUCCAGGCGCUGGUGUGAGGGCCCCGGGGAGGCUGGGGAUCUGGCCAUGGCUCCGGCUCCUCCGGGAUGAGAGAAGCUGGAAUUGCCCUGCAACCUCCAACAUAUCCUGACAGCUCUAAAUAAAAUGAGAAGAUGUAGGAGCAGCA